GUGCGCCGCGCUCUGCAGGGGGCGGGGGAGGCGGCCGCGCGGUGACGCGCGGGGCUGCUGCGGCUGCUCCGCCGACGGAUCAUCACUCUCGGGCUGGGAUGGACGCGGGGCGGGCGGGCCCUGGCGCGCGGAGCCGAGAGUCCGGGCCUCCCGGCUGCUGAGCGAAUCCCGAAACCUCCCCUUUACCCCCCUUUCCCUUCUAGGAGCAGUGCUGACCCCCGCCCCGGGGUUCCAGACUCUACUCCCGCCUUCCUCUGACUCCCCGGACCUCCCACUCCCGCCCGCCCUCGGGAUCGACUAGAUCCCUCCCUCUCCCCGAGGAUUCCGGCUGGAUCUCUGCCCCUGCACCGCGGAUCCUGCUCUCCCGAGCUUCGGGCCCCUGGGGAUUGCGGUGGACUCUUCCUCCCGCACCCGAUUCCUUAGGAUCCUCCGCCGGUACCACCUCUGGUCCCUCGAAGCCGGCCCGCGGAGCCAGUGGAUCCUCAAUCCAGUCUUGUCCCGUAGCCUCCGCCUCACUCUACUGUCCCCACUGCGGGGUUCCCUGUUCUCGGGUUCCUCCUGACCCCAUCCCCUCCCCUCCCCGGGGAUCGACUGGAUCCCGGCCCCGCCCCCUGGGGCUGGGGUGAUCCCCCUCCCCCGCUGGGUGAGGCGCUGCGGGCGGGGGCUGGGCCUGCGGGACCGCGGGGGCUCAGAGGCCGCCGCCCCCUACUCGGAGCCCUGGAUGGAGGCACCACGGCCCCAGGGCUGAGCCAGGUCCAGCCUGCACUCACUCCUCCCACUUCCUCCCCCUUCCCCACCCCUCGCCCCCUCCAUGGAAAGGAACAGACCCCUUCCCUGUCCAGUCUGACCCAGGUCCCUGUCCGCUCCCCUCCUCCCUCCUUUCCCACCCCCUCCUCCCUCCUGGGGCGAGGGGGGGCCUCCCUCCCUCUGCCCCCCCUUCUCUCUCUCUCCGAGGGGGGGGUCCCGGGGAGGGAGGGGGGGUCCCCCUAUCAGCAUGUGGCUCCUGGCGCUGUGGCUGGUGGGGCUGGUGGGGGCUCAGCGCGGGGGAGGGGGUCCCGGAGGCGGCGCCCCAGGCGGGCCUGGCCUGGGCCUCGGCAGCCUCGGGGAGGAGCGCUUCCCGGUGGUGAACACGGCCUACGGGCGAGUGCGCGGCGUGCGACGUGAGCUCAACAACGAGAUCCUGGGCCCGGUGGUGCAGUUCCUGGGCGUGCCCUACGCCACGCCACCCCUGGGCGCCCGCCGCUUCCAGCCGCCCGAGGCCCCCGCCUCGUGGCCCGGCGUCCGCAACGCCACCGCCCUGCCGCCCGCCUGCCCGCAGAACCUGCACGGCGCGCUGCCCGCCAUCAUGCUGCCCGUGUGGUUCACCGACAACCUGGAGGCAGCCGCCACCUACGUGCAGAACCAGAGCGAGGACUGCCUGUACCUCAACCUCUACGUGCCCACCGAGGACGGUCCGCUCACAAAAAAACGUGACGAGGCGACGCUCAAUCCGCCAGACACAGAUAUCCGGGACUCGGGGAAGAAGCCUGUGAUGCUGUUUCUGCACAGCGGCUCCUACAUGGAGGGCACUGGGAACAUGUUCGACGGCUCUGUCCUGGCCGCCUAUGGCAACGUCAUCGUAGCCACGCUCAACUACCGGCUUGGGGUGCUCGGCUUCCUCAGCACCGGGGACCAGGCCGCGAAAGGCAACUACGGGCUCCUGGACCAGAUCCAGGCCCUGCGCUGGCUCAGCGAGAACAUCGCCCACUUCGGGGGGGACCCCGAGCGCAUCACCAUCUUCGGGUCCGGGGCGGGCGCAUCCUGCGUCAACCUCCUGAUCCUCUCCCACCAUUCGGAAGGGCUGUUCCAGAAGGCCAUCGCCCAGAGCGGCACGGCCAUCUCCAGCUGGUCUGUCAACUACCAGCCGCUCAAGUACACGCGGCUGCUGGCGGCCAAGGUGGGCUGCGACCGCGAGGACAGCGCCGAGGCGGUGGAGUGUCUGCGCCGGAAGCCCUCCCGGGAGCUGGUGGACCAGGACGUGCAGCCCGCCCGCUACCACAUCGCCUUCGGGCCCGUGGUGGACGGCGACGUGGUCCCCGACGACCCCGAGAUCCUCAUGCAGCAGGGGGAGUUCCUGAACUACGACAUGCUCAUCGGCGUCAACCAAGGCGAGGGCCUCAAGUUCGUGGAGGACUCGGCGGAGAGCGAGGACGGCGUGUCCGCCAGCGCCUUCGACUUCACCGUCUCCAACUUCGUGGACAACCUGUAUGGCUACCCCGAGGGCAAGGACGUGCUGCGGGAGACCAUCAAGUUUAUGUACACGGACUGGGCCGACCGGGACAACGGUGAGAUGCGGCGCAAGACCCUGCUGGCCCUCUUUACCGAUCACCAGUGGGUGGCGCCGGCCGUGGCCACCGCCAAGCUGCAUGCCGACUACCAGUCCCCCGUCUACUUUUACACCUUCUACCACCACUGCCAGGCCGAGGGCCGGCCCGAGUGGGCGGACGCUGCGCACGGGGACGAGCUCCCCUACGUCUUCGGUGUGCCCAUGGUGGGCGCCACCGACCUCUUCCCCUGCAAUUUCUCUAAGAACGAUGUCAUGCUCAGCGCCGUGGUCAUGACCUACUGGACCAACUUCGCCAAGACUGGCGACCCCAACCAGCCCGUGCCGCAGGACACCAAGUUCAUCCACACCAAGCCCAACCGCUUCGAGGAGGUGGUGUGGAGCAAGUUCAACAGCAAGGAGAAGCAGUACCUGCACAUCGGCCUGAAGCCGCGCGUGCGUGACAACUACCGUGCCAACAAGGUGGCCUUCUGGCUGGAGCUGGUGCCCCACCUGCACAACCUGCACAUGGAGAUCACCACCACCACCACGCGCCUGCCGCCCUACGCCACGCGCUGGCCGCCCCGCCCGCCGCCCGGCGCCCCGGGCACGCGCCGGCCCCCGUCGCCGGCCACGCCGCCGCCCGAGCCCGAGCUGGAGCCGGGCCCCCGGGCCUACGACCGCCUGCCCGGGGACUCCCGGGACUACUCCACGGAGCUGAGCGUCACCGUGGCCGUGGGCGCCUCGCUGCUCUUCCUCAACAUCCUGGCCUUCGCCGCCCUCUACUACAAGCGGGACCGGCGGCAGGAGCUGCGGUGCCGGCGGCUCAGCCCCCCCGGGGGGUCGGGCUCCGGGGUGCCCGGUGGGGGCCCCCUGCUCCCCACCACGGGCCGGGAGCUGCCCCCGGAAGAGGAGCUGGUGUCGCUGCAGCUGAAACGGGGCGGCGGCGUCGGGGCAGACCCUGCCGAGGCCCUCCGCCCCGCCUGCCCGCCCGACUACACCCUGGCCCUGCGCCGGGCGCCAGACGAUGUGCCUCUCCUGGCCCCCGGGGCGCUGACCCUGCUGCCCAGCGGCCUGGGACCGCCGCCGCCCCCGCCGCCGCCCGCCAUGCACCCGUUCGGGCCCUUCCCCCCGCCGCCCCCCGCCGCCGCCGGCCACAACAACACGCUGCCCCAUCCCCACUCCACCACCCGCGUAUAGGGCACAGCGGGGGGCUCCUCCCGCCCUCUCGCCGGCCGGAAGUGCCGCCGGCCGGAAGUGCCGCCGGCGCGCGGGAGGAGGCCCCGGAAGAGGCUCUUCUCGUCCCACGUGGAGGCCCGCUGGGCGGACGUGGGUCUCCUCGCCGGGAUGCGGGCUCUCCCACGGCCAGAGGCCCCUCUCUCCUCGGACCUGGGCCUUGGACACCUGGAGGGCGCUCUGUCCCCUCCCCCGGGCGCCGGCCCUCGGUGUGCGGAGUGGGGGGUCCUCCCGCUGGCGGCGUGCUUUCUCACGGGGGUGUUUUCCCAUGUGCAGGGUGAGGUUUUUUUUUGCCGCCCUGGACACAUGCUGGCCCUCUCAGAGAAUUUCUGCGGGGAUUUGUACCCCAGAACCAUACUCCCUCAUGCCUUCUCCCACCCUUCUUCCCCCCACCCCCACCCCGCGGAGGCCCCGGAAGUGGUGUGUUCAUGUGCAGUGACCCUCGGCCGCAGGACAACACAGGGGGGUUCUGGGAAGCAGCGAGGAAACCAGCCCCUUCCCACGCCGCACCCCGCCCUGGGGAAGCAUGUGUCCCCCUCCCCGCGGCACAAGUCAGUGGAGCAUGGGCUCCUAGGGAGGCCUCGCCUUCCACAGCCACAGUCCCUGCAGGGAUGGGAGGUUCGGGCACGCUCUGAGUGGAAACAUGUUCUUGCAUGUGGAUGUGUGUUUUCCCAUGCAGAUGGCCCCUUCUCUCCAGUACCUCCCUGCCUCCCCCAGGCCUCAGGCCCAGCACCUAUUUCCUCCUCACACAGCAGGUGGGAACAGGCUUCAGACUGACAGAAGCUGAGGGGGGUGCAUAAACCCUGAGGGGAGAGCCCUGCUCCUCCUUCCCCCGGAGCUGUGGGGUCAGGGGCAUGGGAAUGCCUCCCCUAGAGGCCGUGCAUGUUUGACCAAAGCCCUCACUGGGGUCUGGGGACAGCCUUUCCCUCAGUCCUCAGACCGUUACUCAUCUGUGCCAAACUGGGUAGGUGGGUUUGCCAAGGACUCCAGUCCUGGGCCAGAGCAGGUACAUGUGGGAGCAGGUGGGAUACAGGAGGGGGAAGUGGCAGCUAUAGGGUCCUACCUGUGUCUCUCUUGUAUCCUCGUCCCUCUGUGCCUCAUCCCUCGCCCGAGCCUCCGUUUCCUCUUCCCACACCUCUUCCUCCCUCUUUGAAGCCAUCCCUGUGUCUCGGUGUCAAGCCAGCCUGUCCCCUCAGCUGCCCAUUCCCUCUGUGUGACCUGCCCCCUCUCCCCUCAGCUGCCAGGGCUGGAGAAAGGAGCCAUGGAGGGUGAGGGGAGGAGAGCCAGGGAGGAAGUCUUCAUGGUUGGGGAGAGAAGGAGGUCAGCCUGCGGAGAACCAGAUGGAGGGGGCUAUAGAGGCCAGGUCUUGGUCCGACACCGGCGGAAGGAUUUGAAAGGACGUGUGUAAGGUGGCCGCCCAGAGGGGACCUGAGCCUGCAGGGAAAGGAGCCUGGUCAGGAAGGGUUUUGAGGGACACCAGUGGCGGAGAGAAUCCUUGUCUGCUAGCAUGUGGUGGGCUGCUAGUGCCAAACUUGAGUUGGGGCUGGGGUGCUGUCUUCCGCCGACAUCCGGAUCCGGAAUCCCUGGUCUUCGCUCCCCAGCAUUUUGCCUCUUGACCACCCCUUCUCCCUCCCCCUGCCUGGUCCAGUUCCUUUCCAAACAGCCAUGCCCUCUACAUGCCAGGGCCCUGGGCCCUGAACCCGAUAGACAGAUGUCUCACAAACUGGGGCAUGGGAGAGGGGCUGGGGGACCCCAUGAUUCAGCCACGGACUCCAAUGCCCAAUCCCUCUCCCCGGAACAGUUCCCUGACAGCCCCGUGUCCCUGCCCUUCGCAGCUCUGUACACAUUUUUAAACCUGGCAAAAGAUGAAGAGAAUAUUGUAAAUAUAAAGUUUAACUGUU